GAACAAAAAUCAGCUGUCUUGGACGCCAGACGAUUAGCCUGUUUUGCUGGUAAUAUUCAUCACUCUUGAAAUGUAGGCUUUACAUAAUUGUCAGAAGUGGUAGCCUUCCUUUUUUAUCAAAAUUAUGGAUCGACCAAAGUAUUCCUCAAGUGUAAGGAUUGGCAAUUGGAACGAAGAGCUUUAUUCAGAAGAGGCCGGCCAGCAGCUUUUUCUGAAGAAACGAGAAAGGGGCGAACUGUUGGUGCAAAAGGCAAGAAAGCUCUUCUUUAAUCUUCUGAGAGAGGUGGAACUAGCGCCCGCUGCGGAAUGGGUGCGUUUCGGCGACGUGGUUCAGUUGCUGGCCACCGAUUUCCCAGUGGCGCUCUCGACGCUGAUCACUGAAAGACAGGUGGACCGCGCGCAACAGUUGGUCACAGGAAGCCCGCUCGUCUGUUCGAAGCUGACGACUCCACCAUGCUUUCGGAAUACCUUCCGCAUUCGCAGUGAACAUGGAGAUGACACCAGAAAUGGUGAACCUGUCAAAUUCAACCAAGACUUUGUUUUGUGUCCAGUUGAGAGCUACGGAAAUCUGCCUCUUUUUGUGGAGUCACGUAUCCCCCAGAUAAAUAUCGGAGUUGGGGCAUCGGGCUUUGCUGCUAUCAUGCUGUCCUGUUACAACAACACUUGUUGUCGAUGGCGAGCCCUGUAUUGGGAUUCCAGUAAACGCCCAGAGAGUGAAGGAUCACCAGUUCCAGAGUGUGAAGUAUCAGUUCAUACAUGCAAAGAUGCUCAAAGAAGAGAGACUGCAGAAAAUCAUUGGAUGUUUGGAAUUCAGAAGCCAGAUGACAUGAAAGUGGCAUGUUCAGAAGCUCCAUCAACAACUGUUGAUCAGCCAAAGGGUGAAAGUCAGCAGCCAGAUCCUGAAGAAUGACAGAGUCAAAUAUUUUCAUUACUUCUGUGAAACAAUUGGUUGUUUUGUAUCCUUCAUAUUUGUAUUGUGGCUCUGUAGAGAGAAAUUUUUAAAUAUUGUUUAUAAAAGGGCUAAGUUGUACAGGCAGUAGUUGUGUUGGUUACAUAUGUGCCUUACAUGAUUUUGCAGCACAAUUUAAAUACUUUCGGUCAAAAGAGACUGCUCACGGUAAAGCAGAGCUGUUGAGUUGGUAGGCGUACACAAAGAAAGAAAGCUUGCUAGUUUUCAGUGUUAUCCUUUGAUGAACUAUAGUGAAAUACACAAACACACUCACACAAACACAUACACAUGCCUAUGCUCCUACAUGGUACUGGCUAGACUAACAGUGCCAAUGCUGUUCUGCAGCAAGUGUACUGGGUGUGGCAGAGGCAGUGUCAUGUGCGGUGGGUAGAGGGAGAGGCAAGCAGGAGGCCGGGGGAGAGACUGUGCUUGAGUGUCUAGCAGCACAGAAGGAGGCUCCUGUUUGCCAGCUGGGAAUGCAGGAGGGAGAGGUGGCAAGUGUAUGGGCUUUCAUAAUUGUAGUGGCCAGUUGGAAGAGGCACAUGGUGCGGGCGACCUGGUGAUGUGAAUUUGGAGGGAAUGAGCAGAUGGAGGAAGGGGAAACUGUUGGGUGGAGGGUUUGGGGACAGUGGGUUACCUAAGAUUGAGACCACAAUGAUUAUAGGGUCGAGGUUGUGUUGUAACGAUAACUCCCACCUGCAUAGCCCAGAGAAGCUGGUGGCAGAGGGAAGGAUCCAGAAGGCUUGGUUUGUGAAGGAGCCUUUGAAGUUGAGCAUGUUGUGCUCAGCUGCAUAAUGUGCCACUGGGUGGUCAACUUUGUUCUUGACAACAGUCUGGCAGUGGCCAUUCAUCCCCAUGGACAUCUGGGUGAUAGUCACACCAGUGUAAAAUGCUGUACAGUGUUUGCAGCAGAGUUGGUAAAUGACAUGGCUGCUUUCACAGGGUGCCCGACCUCUGAUGGGGUUGCCUUGAUCUGCCAUGGGGUAUGAUUCCUACGUCAAGUCAUUAUGCUGGGAGUGGGAUUGCCAUAGGGAUGGACUAGAAUGUUGUGUAGGUUGAGUGGGUAACGGAACACCACUUUAGGAGGGUGAGAUGGGUCUGUGGUAGGAUGUUCCUCAUAUUGGGGAAUGGCAAAAGGUAAUGAAAGCCCUGACCCCUUGGCUGUUCCAGUCCAAGGGGGUAAUGGGUGAUAAGGGGGGCACUCCUUUGUAGCUGAUUGUUGGGGUAGUGGGAGGAUAUGGCACAGGAAAUCUGUUUGUGGAGUAGGUUUUGGGGAGCUGUCGCCUGUUAGUGAGGUCUUCAUCAUACUGGGCUAGGGAGUUCUCAUUGCUGCAGGAACAUUGUCCAUUGGUGGCUGGAGGGGG